UAAACAAAAAUGGUUCCUGUAAAAACAACUAUUUUUCCCGCUUUAAAUGGAAACCUAAAUGUUGUACGAUCGUUGAAUUUUUUCAAAGAAUGGAUAAGUUAGAUCGGUUCAUUAAGUUAGCAAAAGCCGGAGAAGGUACAUACGGAGUCGUUUACAAAGCCAAAAAUAAACUAACGGGUAAAAAUGUAGCACUUAAGCGGAUUAAAUUAGAAAAAUUUUAUAAUAAAGGAGAUUCGGAGGGUGUUCCGCCGACCGCUAUAAGAGAAAUAAGUUUAUUAAAAGGUCUUAGACAUUCGUCUAUCGUUGAACUUUUAGAUGUUAUGCAAACAACCGAUAAAUUAUAUUUAGUUUUCGAAUAUUUAGAUCUGGAUUUAAAGAGGUAUCUCGAUAAAACAAAGAGACCGAUGGAAUCUGAGCUAGUUAGGAGUUACAUGAAACAAUUAAUCGAAGCUUUAGCUUACCUACACUCCCAUAGGAUCCUCCAUAGGGAUUUGAAACCCCAAAAUUUGCUGGUGGACAAAGAAGGUCAUAUUAAAUUGGCCGAUUUCGGUUUAUCGAGAUCAUUUUCACUUCCGACUCGAACGUAUACCCACGAAGUGGUUACUAUUUGGUACCGCGCUCCGGAAUUACUACUCGGGGCUAAAAUGUACUGCCCCGGAAUAGACAUAUGGAGCUUGGGUUGUAUAAUGGCCGAAAUGUUGAAUAAAAAAGCCCUUUUCCCCGGUGAUUCCGAAAUCGAUCAACUGUACAAGAUUUUCAAAAUAAUGGGAACCCCGGUGGAGGAAACGUGGGAUGGGGUGUCUUUAUACCCGGAUUACAAACCUAGUUUCCCCAUUUGGAAAGCGGUCGAUUUAUGCGAUAUAAUAAGAUUCCAUAAUCAAGAAGAAGAAGAUUUUCUAUUGAAUAUGCUGGUUUACAAUCCUUCUAAAAGGAAAACCGCCAAGGAGUUGUUGAAAUUGAAUUAUUUGAAAGGUACUAAACUCACUGCACCCGAAAUGGGCGCUUUUCCCUCUGAUGACGAACAAUCAGAUUAAGACGAAACGUUUUUUCACCACCAAAGGGUUUUUGAUGUAUUUUAUUCUAAAAACUUUUUGAAAUUGAUACAAUAUGAAUCGUAAUAAAGUCUCGGUCAUUGUAGUGUUGCCAAGUUGUUGAAAAAAGUAUGAAAAUUGGCUACUUAUCAAAAAUUCGGUUCAUUAUUUUUUUUUCUUGAUUUUAAAGUGAAAAUUGGAAAAACUUUAUUAAAAUCUCAUAAUUCAUAGAUUUGCUUGAAAUUUUUAUUUAAAUUGACCUUUCAACAGCUAUUAUUGGAUUAAUUUUUGAUAGUUUUGUGCAGUUUAAUCCUUACUUCAUGUAAACGUGCCUUAAUUACAGUCUAAUGAAUUGCAGUGUUGCCAAGUUGUUGAAAAAAGUAUCAGAAUUUACUACAUAUAAAAAUUCGGUUAAUUUUACUAGUUUUGUACAGUUCGGUCGCUACUAAAUUCUUAUCGUGUAUUCAGGCCUUAACGAACAUUCUUGAGUUGCAAUUUGAUCAAUUUUUAAUGGUUUAGUGCAGUUUAAUCCCUAUCGUAUAUAUGCACCUUAACGAAUAUUUUCAACUGUUGAAUUGGAUUAUUUUAUGAAAAUUUUGUGCAGGUUAACCGUUCCUAUUAAUCUUUAUCGUGUAUUCGGGCCUUAUAACGAGCAUUCUCAAGUUGCUAUUGGAUUAAUUUUUAAUAGAUUUGUGCAGUUUGCCUUAAGCAUCAUAUCUGGAAUGUGAAUGAUUAUGUAAUUUUCUGGAUCAAUAAUUUACCGCUUAAAUAAAAAAAAUUCUAAUUUGUACGCAAGGCUAAAACUUCGUCGUGUGUUUCGGGCUUAACGAAUAUUUAUAAAUUCUUAUUAUUACAUUCAAUUUAGAACAAAUUGUUCGCGCAGUUUAAUUUAAAUGAUACAUUUUUGUUGUGUGUAUUGGCCCUAAUAAUAUAUGCAAUUAUUUACACUUAAAUUUAAAUUAUAUCGAAGUAAUUGGACAAAAAACUUUAAUUUUUUCACUAAAUUAACUAUCGAUUUUCACUGCCGGAUUUUAGUAAUAUAGAGACACACUGUAUAUUAAUAAUCAUUUUCGGGAUUAAUUUACAAUUUUGCAUGACUAUUUAUUGUUAUAUACUGGUUAAGAUUAAAAGUAAAAAAUCAAAA